AUGAACUGUGGGCCGAUAAUCGAGGUCGCGAAUGCUAUCGUUAUCGUAGCCAGGAGCUCCGGAAACGUCCCGGACUUCGUCUUGUUAUCUGAUACUCAGCCUGAUCAGAAUGCAUGGGAGUACGCCUGGGAUAUUAUGUAUCCUGAACCAACACGAAACGAUGCUGAUGGAAAUGUUAGUUACGGUCAUUUUUUCAUGACCCAGCUUCUCACAGCUCCGUAUGUCAUCGCUCCAAGAAGGGCACACUCUUGGCUCUCAUACAACAAGAGCAUUGGGGAAACAGAAAGCGAGCGCUUCAACAUCCGCGACCGCGACCGCGGUCUCAAUGUCGACUUCAUGUCCUACGCAAACUGGCACCUUGCCAACAAGAACUCAGAUGCACUGCUAAACACAACCACACUAUUCUGGCACUCCGAAAAGACCUUGUAG